UACACGCUUGCACGUAUGCUAAAGCUAAGCUGUAGCUAUUUAAUUUGCUUAUUUGCAUCCUUGGCAAGUUGCAGUUUACUUGCAAUCCAACAGUUAGGUUAAAUUGUUAAGUUCGUGUCUGUGUAGUAGUCAUGACUUCUUACAGCUCAAAAUCCUAGAUUACUGUAAUAAUUUGUAACGUUUGGAAAUCUAGGCUUUGGCCUAGUUCAAUUAAAAUGUUUUGGACAUUGGUGUUUAUGGUAUCAUGUAUAAAAUUGCUUCUCAUACCUGCAUACCGAUCAACAGAUUUUGAAGUCCACCGUAACUGGCUGGCAAUCACCCACAGUUUGCCGUUGCGCCAGUGGUAUAAUGAAGCUACAUCGGAAUGGACCCUGGACUAUCCCCCUCUUUUCGCUUGGUUUGAAUUCAUCCUUUCUCAAAUUGCGGUUUUCUUUGAUCCCAAAAUGCUGCAAGUCAAAAAUUUAAACUAUGCAUCAUAUGAGACUGUAGUUUUUCAAAGACUAACAGUUAUCGUGACUGAUUUAGUGUUCGCCUAUGGAAUUAAAGAAUGUUGCCAGUAUCUCAGUGGUAGUGGAGUACGCAAGAGCAGUCGCUGGGGUUUACGCUGGGGCUCGCCAGCAGCUAUCUUGCAGCUUCUGUUGCUUGGAAAUGCUGGCCUCAUCAUCGUAGACCACAUCCAUUUCCAAUACAAUGGCUUCCUUUUUGGUGUGUUGCUUCUGUCUGUCGCCAGAAUUCUACAGGGCAGAUUUCUGGAGGGAGCUUUCUGGUUCGCAGUGUUGCUAAAUUUGAAGCACAUUUUCAUGUAUGUUGCUCCAGCCUAUGGGGUGUAUUUGCUGCGUAACUACUGCUUCGUCUCUACGCCACAGACUCACUCAGGCAGUGGUGAACCUGUCAGAUGGAGGUCCUUCUCUCCUUCACGCUUUGCCAAGCUUGCUGCCAUCGUAGCAAUUGUUUUUCUCAUCUCUUUCGGCCCAUUUAUUGCCAUGGGACAGCUUGGCCAGGUUUUGUCUCGUUUGUUCCCAUUCAAAAGAGGUCUCAGCCAUGCCUAUUGGGCACCGAACUUGUGGGCUCUCUACAAUAUGGCUGACAAAUUGCUUACUGUUGUAGCAAAAUGUUUGGGGAUAAAGGUUGCCAACCAGAGAGCAAGUAUGACUGGAGGUUUGGUCCAGGAGUUCCACCACACAAUUCUGCCAACUGUGCCACCCUUGGCCACGUUCAUCCUUACUUUCAUCUCAAUAACACCUAGCCUGGUGAAGCUGUGGAAGUGCCCAGGCAACCCACUCCACUUUGUCAGGUGUUUGGUGCUCUGCGCUCUCUCAGCCUUUAUGUUUGGGUGGCACGUACACGAGAAGGCCAUUCUCAUUGUCAUUGUACCUCUAACAUUGCUGGCUGUGGUGUGGCGUAAGGAGGCUCAAGUCUACCUUCUGUUGUCCACUGUGGGCCACUUCUCUCUAUUCCCUCUACUCUUUACUCCGUCGGAGAACUACAUCAAGGUGGUUUUGUUCCUGCUGCACUCUGUGUACGCAUUCCAGAAACUCUCCUCACUGUUCGACAUCACCGAGGGUCGACAUCUGCCACUGCUCUCGGUCGCCGAGUCUCUCUACGUGUUUAGUCUUGCAGCUCUGUUUGUCACAGAGUACGCUGUGUUUCCUCUGAUAGGUCUGACAGCCAAGUAUCCGUUCCUUCCGCUCAUGUUGACCUCAGUACACUGCGCUAUGGGCGUUCUGUACUGUUGGCUUAGGUACUACUGGCAUUUCAUGACGAUGGACGAAACUAACCGCAAGCGAAAAGCUUAUUAAUUGAUACAAUUUUAGUUAAAUUUGUGAAUUUAGUUAUGCUUUCUGCACAACGUGUUAAAAGACUUUUUGUGUAACAUGCUAGUCUCGGUUGUGUGAAUUGCACAUAAGUAAGUCAUCUACCAAGUGACAUCUAGACAUAUUGAAAUUUAAUGUAAUGUUAUAUAUUUUUUGUCAAGUCUAUUUACAGAAAUAUUUAAAGAAUACAUAUGCAUAUUUAUUUCUAUAUCAGCGGCAUGUAUAUAGUCUAUAUUAAAUUUAUAGAUAGACAGUAACACCUCUUUUUAACUGUCACUGUCAGACUAAAGUCACUAUGAAUAGUGGAUAUUGUAACAAAAGUAUAAUAUGAAUCUAACUUUAACUACAUUGAAAUUCAACUGGUAGAAGUGUAAACCAAUUGAACCAAUUCUAGAAAUGGAAAAAUGUUUUGUAAAUCAUACAAUUCCUAUAUUAUACAACAAAUCACCCAUGAGCCUGACUGAAACAAUAAUUACUUUAACCCAUUGAUUUUAACUUGCGCAAGACCUUUAGCAGCAAUUAAUUUCCCAUGGAGCUCACUGUUUUGAUUGUAGCCUUAACGGUGAUGCUGCGAUAGGAGCGCUAGCUGGAAUUGGCAUGGUUGUCAAUAUAUGUUCCACAAAAUUCAACCGAAAAUCAGUGUAAUGCAUGCUUUGAUUUUCUUAUAGACACAGAAUGCAGGGUCAUGUCCAUUAAAUAAAAAAAAUAUCCUCUUUUAUGCUUUGACGGUACGCCCGUUAUGGUAAAACUAGACAGGACUUGUUCCUGCCGGUCAACCCCCAACAUACAUCGAUUGUACUCAAUGAUACAUUUUGGUUUUACUAUGUCAAUUUCCUGAUUUCCUUGUUUGACUUUCUUAAAAACUGUCAUAUCAAUGUCCUCGUGCAUGGAUGGCAACAUAU